ACCACUGCGACUCCACGCAUAGAUUUGGAGGAGUGAGAGGUGAUGCGUCCCAUGCAGCAGGCGCCGAUGGCUCCUACUCAUCAGCCACUGCACCCACAUGCACCACAUCCACAUCGUAGCCAUCAACAGUUGCUGUCAAUGGCUCCACACCAACAACAGAUGCAUCAUAUGCAUCAUCCUGCCAUGACAAACCCUCGAUUGAUGAUGGGUAUGAAUUCUCCAAAUCCUAACAAGUAUUCCCGUGGUAUUUUAAUCACGGUUUUCGUGAUGAUUCUACUGCUAUGUGGUGCAAAUGCAAAGGUUCACCGAGCAUCGCUUGUAGAUAGUGAUUAUGAAAACUUGCACCUUUUGUUUGGACCAAGUGGGUGCAUUACAGGCACAUUAAUAGGUAUGGGCAUGAAAGAUCCACAAAAUGCUAUCCCUUUGGCUCUCCAAAAUCAUCCACCAAUGCAACAGCAUCAGCACCAACAGUCACGUUUGCAACAGAUACCUCAAAAUGUGGAACAAAAGAAGAAUGAUGAUUCUGGAGAGUCGAAAAACGACGAAUCAGCAAACCAGCAGCAGAGCCAGGGUAACUCAACCAACUCAAAUCUGGCAAAUACGCGCGAGAAAACGCCAAUGUGCCUGGUAAACGAGCUGGCCAGGUUCAACAAGAUCCAGCACCAAUACAGGUUAACGAACGAGCAGGGCCCAGCUCACAAGAAACGUUUUACCGUCACUCUAAUGCUCGGUGAAGAGGAAUACGUGGCCGAAGGUCCGAGCAUCAAAAAAGCCCAGCACAGUGCCGCCAGCGAUGCUCUUGCCAAAACGUGGUACAGAAAGCCACCACCCAAGCCAACGAGAACCAUGAAGAUAUACGGAAAAAGUCCUGGUGGCUCGGGAGGUCACCUUCCACCUACUGUAGAACUGAACGCUUUGGCGAUGAAGCGUGGCGAGCCUACAGUUUACACAUUCAGGCAUGCACCACCAGCUAUGUCAACACCGCCCCAACAGUUCAUGCCUCACGCAUAUGGAAACUUUAGCCACCUUCGUAUGUUUAAUCCACGAUAUGCAGCGUACAAUCGUGGCUAUCAUCCUGAGCCUCAGGGCAUGUACCUAGUGUCGCUUAAAGUGGGCGAGCGCGAGUUUAUUGGCCGAGGGAUGACUGGUCAGGCAGCGCGACACGAUGCAGCUAGCCGAGCUCUAGAACAGCUACGCCAACUGCCUCUGCCUGAAGAAAUAAACACGGCAACCAGUACUCCCCAAAGCGAAGAUACAUCCAGUGGGAAUGGCGGUAUCGACGAUCCUAAUGCCGAGCUUAAGAGUUCAGUAUCACUGGUACACGAGACCGCACUCAAAAGAGGCUUGUCAGUUAGUUUUGAUGUUGUGUCCGAGACUGGGAAACCACACAUCAGAACGUUCAUGACUAGGUGUACAGUUGGUGAUAAAGUUACCCUGGGCGAAGGUUCAUCAAAAAAAGUCUCAAAGAAACGUGCUGCUGAGCUAAUGUUGGAAGAGCUCAAGCGACUGCCACCAAUUCCUGCUCCCAUUCAAAAUCGUACGAUACGCCUGAAACGCAAGCCACCAGCAACUAAAAAGAAGUCGCGCAAUCUCAUCAAAGUUUACCAAGAACCUCGUACAGAGUCCGAAGGAGCUGACGAAGUAAAUCCGAUUUCUCGGCUCGUUCAAAUUCAACAGUGCAACCGCGAACGCGAGCCUGUCUACAAUCUGAUCGAGGAGAAAGGUGCUCCUAGGCGGCGUGAGUUCGUGAUGGGGGUUUCUGUUGGGCAGUACUCUGCUCAGGGCACAGGCCCGAAUAAAAAAUUGGCCAAAAAAGCCGCUGCCGAGGCCUUGUUGAAUAUACUGGGUUACAGCAAACCUCAACCUCAGCCUGUUAAGCCAUCCAUUAAAACAAGUACUGCCGGUGGAACCAACAGUGCCGAGAGCAAAGAAAAAGAACAAAGGAAAGUCACUUUUGUUGAAGUUGAUAACAGCAACGAAACUACUCACACCUAUCCCCAGGGAGGUACUCUCGGGCGUCAGCUAGUUCCUGGACUACUUUUGGUGGACAACGGAUUGGAAUCUAAAGUUGUCAGUGGACCAAGCGUUCAAGUUGUUGCCGAAGAAUUACGUGGACAGCAGCAACCACAAUCAUCCGGUGUUUCUCCAAAGGACCAACUCAAGUACCUUGCACAGUUGCUAAAUUUUGAAGUUGAAUUCAGUGAUUUUCCAAAGGGAACGUACAAAGAGUAUCUGUCACUCGUCUCGCUGAGUACAGAUCCUCCGCAGGUUUGCCACGGCCAUGGUCCAACAAAGAACGCCAGUCGUGACCAAGCAGCCCUCACGGCAUUGCGAACCCUUAGUAAAAUGGGCCUCGACAGCGUCACCAAUUCAGGCACCAAAAAAGACAAUAAAUCUUGUAAUUCUGCUGGGUCUAGCGAUACCCCAGGUAUGAACAAUUAUAAACCACAAUUAAAAACCAACAAUGUCAUUAACGGCGCGUUAGAAAAGUGAAAUCGAAGCUUUUCUUUAUUUAUUUAUGAUUAUUUUCUUAAGUUUUCUCCUUUACAUAAUUUAAAAACGUUUCUCUUUUUUUAAUUUAAAUUCCAACUAUCACGCGUUCAACAAAGAGUAUAAUUUCAAUAGUGUGUUUUAAUAAUUUUUACAAAAAAAAUAAUGAAAAAAAGUUCACAAAACAAACUUAUUUUAUUUCAUUUUAUUUUUCAAACGAACUUUUGAUCGCACAUGUAUGCUAAAGUCAACACGCAUCUCAAACAUUGGUACAAAUAACUAUGAAUUUUUUUAAAUAUUCCAUUUAAAAAAAACAUGUGCUGUCGGGAAUUCGAAUGUCACUGAACGCGUCGUUGUUGAUUGUUUGAGUGUUGCCUAUUAAAAUAAAAUUCUUUAUAUAUCAUACAAUACAUACAUCAACACUCAAACUUCAUCAAUCUUUGCUUUAAAUUUUUACUAUACUUUCUUAAACUCUCGAUAUGAGAAAAAGAUGUUCAAACGAUAAAUUUAAUCAUUGAUAACGUUAUUGUAUCGCUGUAUUUAUCACCACUAAAGUGACACUGUGAAGCGUAGACUUACUUUGCAGAUGAUUUCUAGCUUGAUGCGAGAAACAAAUCAAAGAGAGAUGAGAGAACAGAGUGAAUUUCUGAUUAUUUUUAUGUAAAUGUCGAGUUACGUAUGUUAAAAGAGAGCAAUGACUGCAAAGUAAGCCUACUGGUAUGGAUUUUAGUACCUAUUAUGCGAUUAAUCGUCAUGUCAAGGUGAAUAACUAUUUUUUCUUUUUAAUUAUGAUUUGAUUUCAUUUUCUAAUGAAAAAGAUGAAAAAAACAAUAAAAAAAAAAAAAACGAUAAAAAGGUCGCUGUUUGGAUGACGAUGAGAAAAAAUAACCAAGGCUGAUAACUCGAGUCUGUCAUUGUCAUGAAUGUAAUUCAAGCUACGUCUGAAUACCUGCAUGUGAAAAAAAAUUAAUUCGACGCCUAAAUGAAUUUUUUUUGCUUUCUUAUUAAUUUGUGCUUUUAAAGGGCAUAAGUAUACAUUUAGAUAAAAAUGUUUAGGGAAAAAAAUUAUUUCUAAAAAAAGUAAUUUUUCACAUAUUUCGAUAUAAGAUGAUUAUCUUGUCGGUCCCAAACUUCUCUGGGCCUCGAAGCAUUUUGGGAGCGAUUAUGUUCAUGUUAAUGAAUGCUACGUUUGGCAUUUUUGCAACCCGAGUCUAACAAACAAGUAUGAAUUGUACAAGCGCGCGCGAAAAAUCAACAAAUACAUAAGGAAAAAGAAAAAAAAAAAAAAACGAAUCCUAAGAGUUUGAAAUUUUCUCGAGCCACUCGUCGAACCGGAUUCUCAAUACAAAAGUGCCGUGGCUCGUGCGUGUACAGAAAAUUUCAAAGCAAGAACGGAACAUACGACACUGUUUUUUCUAUUAGGAACUUAAUAAAAAAUACAUUAAUAAUGAGUGUAAUAGAAAUCAAUUGCACCUCGAUCGAAUCAAUAUCUCGAAAUUCUUCCACGUUGUGUUGGGAUUUGAGCGUGACCUACUAUACUGGACAUGAUGAAAUUUAUCAUAAAUUAAUAUUAUACACAUUGUAUGCACGACAAAAAACACGAUUAUGAGUCGCUGCAAGAUGCAAAAUUCUGAGACAACGUCGAAUUUUGACCUAUUGGCCCAAUUAAUCUUGAAAUUGGAGCUCGUGAGCUUCAAAGAAGAGAAAUACAGAAAAAAAUCUUUAUACAAAUGUUUCGAAAGUCGGUACAAAAAAUGGCUUCAACCGAUUUUUUUCUCUUACACAAACCCAAAGUAUUUUCUAGCUAGUAGUGUAAUAUUUUGUUAUUGCCACUUUUAGCUGAUGCCUUUUUUUUAUCAGUAGAAUUUAAUUUGUUGCUAGCAAAAAAAUAGAGUGGUAAAAACGCACAUAAUACAUAGUAAAGGAGCAAUGAAAUAAUAAUCGUCACGAAAAAUGAAACUUACUGCUAGUGUGAAUAUUUUUCUGAUUGUACUGAAAAUAUAUUACAAGAACGUACCGACGGCUUCGAUCCAGUAAUCCUAUCUUGUAUUCAUUAUUCUUAUGGCAAAUAUUGUACACACACGUAUAUAUACCUAUAACCAAUUCUACUCUGAAUCCAAUUUUUAAAAAAAGGCACAUGUAAUCAAGACGAAAUUGCAAAUUGAAGCAAAGAAAGAAUUUUGCAAUAUUUCAUAUUAUUUGAUAUCAAGUAAUUUCUACUCUCUUUUUUCCUAGCUAAGGUAGAGCUAUACUACAUAUUUUAGUCGCUUUCAUGUAAUCGCUCCCGGUUUGAUCUUCAUGAAACUUUUACGACUCCGUUGAUAAAAUUGUAGAUACAUUUUACUUUGAUUGAAUCGACGCGAAUUACAAUCAAAAAGAAAAAUUACGUUGUCUUUUUUAUUUCAAUAUUUCAUAAACGACGAAUUACCGUAAUUUUUUACUUUCGUAUUAUUGCACUUUUCACAAUUAUUAUUAAAAUUCUGUGAAAACGUAAUUUUUCUUGGCGAUUGUCAAAAUUAUAAAUCGCGAAGAAAAUGAACUUUAAAAUAUGAGCGAAAAAACGAUUAUUUAUUAUCAAGUCGAGUUGUAAAAAUUUUAUUAAGACUAGAGCUGAAAUAAGAUUUUUAAAACAUAAAAAGUAUAGACCUACCUUAAAAACAAAGUACUCUUAAUUAAUUAAUGAAGAAAAAACAUUGAAAAAGCAUCAGUGCGCCAUCGCGCUGUUGAGAUGAUAUGACUUUUUCUUACUUCUCUUAUUAGUAGUCAAGUUUUUCGUCUCUAUCUAACGUACAUUGUACAGGUAUUUCUAUACUUAAUUUUUUUCUUUUUUCAUCUUCAAAGAUUAAUUUUUUUACACGUAGAUAUGCGUAUAUCAAGUUAAGAAGAAAAAGCCUAUUUGAUGAAUAAUUUCCUUUUUCCGAGUAUUGCUUCGCGAUUGUACCGUUGGUUUAAACCUCUCUUUUUGUAGUAAUAAAAUGCUAAUUGUGAUUUGUGUGAGCGUUUUCUAGUUAUUGCCUUGUAAUCGAGCGAAGAAUUUCUUUUUGGUCAUGCUGUUUUCAGAAUUUUUUAUAUUCGAGUGUCUUUGCUUUGUGCGUACGUUUUAAAAUUUAAUGAAGAAAAAAAAAAUUUAUUUAUUUAUAAAUUUCAAAAGUGAUAUUAUUAGACGAUAUUGUAAGGAUUUGUAUUUUGUUAGCUAGUGUUUAUAAAUUAAUAUGCGAAGCUUAUUCUGGUGAAAGUAUUUGUAAAAAAAAUAUUACUUUUGAAAUUUGAUUCUAAAAGAGCGUGACCAACAAAUGAAAAGGCAUCCGGUGAGUUGAAACAAAAAAAAAGUUAGGUUUAUUUCGUCGAUAAAAAAAAAGCACGAUCCUGCAUGUAAAUAAAUGAUACAAAUGCGAUAUUGCGAUUAUCACAAUGCGAUGUGCACCAUGUUAUUACGCCCACCGAUACACACAACACACGCUUUGCAGGAUGUUAAGGAAAAAUGAUUAUUCAAUCGAAUAAGGUGGUGAGGCUGCGUUAUUUUUCUGUCGCCUCGUUCAAAAAAGAAAGAAAAAUGAUAAAACGAACGAGUGUGCCAAGUUUGUAUUUCCAAAAAUAAACAGUUGAAAAAA